GCUGCGCGCCGGAUGCAUCAGUGUACAUUUUACAUCCCUAGCGCUCGUUUCAUUCGUAAGACAAUUUGUCAGAAAACUUGCAUUUCUUUGUUUAAGAUCCAGAAAACAUUUAGAACACACUCAGCCCCAAGAGCCACGACCAACUGAUACGUGCCGCCUAAGAAACCAGAGGACAACACCAUCUCAUCAUGGCUGUUAACGUUUACUCCACAAAUGUGACGUCAGAGAAUCUCUCGCGACACGACAUGCUGGCCUGGGUGAAUGAUUGCCUGCAAUCGCAGUUCUCCAAAAUCGAGGAGCUAUGCACGGGUGCCGCAUACUGCCAGUUCAUGGACAUGCUGUUUCCCAAUUCAGUGCCCGUGAAGCGUGUCAAAUUCCGAACAAAUCUGGAGCAUGAGUACAUACAGAAUUUCAAGAUAUUGCAGGCGGGCUUCAAAAAGAUGUCUGUGGAUAAGAUCAUACCAGUUGAUAAACUGAUUAAGGGACGCUUUCAAGACAACUUCGAGUUCCUCCAGUGGUUCAAGAAGUUCUUUGACGCCAAUUACGACGGCCGCGAGUACGAUCCCGUGGCCCAGCGAAGUGGUGUCAAGCUGGGAAAUGGGAACGGCAGUAACGGAGGAAGCGGCGUGGGCAGCAGCAACAACGAUCUCCAUCUGAUGCACCGCCGGCCCCUGCAGGCGCCCACCGGUGGUGUCAGCCGCAUGCCACCACGGGCCAUAGCUCACACCGCCACCAAGGUGAUUUCACGUACGAACAACGUCGCGCCAGCGAGCAGAGUAGCCGCCGCCGCCACAGGCACGGUGAAGAAGAACGAUUCAGGAAGCUCAGUCAACAAUCAGCAGAUUGAAGAGAUGUCCAACCAGGUCAUGGACAUGCGCAUAAACAUGGAGGGAUUGGAGAAGGAGCGCGAUUUCUACUUUUCCAAGUUACGCGACAUUGAGAUCCUUUGCCAAGAGGCUGAUGACGCAGAAGGGCAUCCGCUUAUUCAAAAGAUUUUGGACAUCUUAUAUGCGACUGAGGUAGGUCAUGAUGGUUUUGCGCCGCCAGACGAUGCACCACCAGAGGACGAGGAGUAUUAAUUUAAAGCAAGAAAGGAACAACCCACGAAAUUCAUUUGCUGCAUAUAUAUAUUCAAAACAUAAGUCAAGAGCAAAAUACAGGAGAUGAUACAAGCGAGAAUAAAUCCAUACUAAUACGUAUAGUGCAUGAUUCACGGCGACGAGGUGUUGACAGAGCUACUGUUGUUAUGAAAUCGAAGAUUGUUUGAGUACUAAAUUAGCUGGAGCUUAAAACAAUAGUUUGCAGAGUUUUCGACACAAAAUUUUUGUGAACUUGAUACUGCACCCUGCUAUAGCGAAUCUAUGUAAAAACAACAACACCGAAACUACAUUUUUCGUACUUUUGCAGAGUGUAAUAAAAGCGAGAUUCACAGCCGAAAUAGUUGAUUAACCAUUAUAUAUUAAGGAUUUUUCGCUAUUCUGUACAUCACACACUUAAAAAUCAGUUGUAAUGCACUUAUAAUGUUGCUAACUAUGCUUGUUUUGCCGACUUGUCAUGUUUUGAGUGUUGUAUUUAUGUAGUGGAUCGAUCGAGCCGAAUUUGUAUAAUGUAUGAACUUUUGAUUUCUAAUGUUAAAUGAUUAAUUAUUGGCGGCUGCAUAACAAAACGAUUAUAUAUAAUAAGUGAUUAUUUGCUCUCAAUGAUUCAGUUCUAUGUUUAUGUGUAAAAAACUGGUAGAACAACGUUAAAAGUUUAAAUAAAAAACGGAGCCUCUUUAUAAUUUCUAAAAA